CGGAGCUGAGGCGGUGGCGGCUGAGGAGGCAGCGGUGGCGGCGGCGACGGCGGCUCUGGAGGCCGCGUUCCCGGUCCUGGCCUCGGCCCCAGCCCCACCAUGGUGACAUUCGCCGAGCUGCUGGUGCUCCUGGCUGCGCUCCUGGCCACGGCCUCGGGCUACUUCGUUAGCAUCGACGCACAUGCCGAGGAGUGCUUCUUCGAGCGGGUCACCUCGGGCACCAAGAUGGGCCUCAUCUUCGAGGUGGCCGAGGGCGGCUUCUUGGACAUCGACGUGGAGAUUACAGGGCCUGACAAUAAAGGAAUCUAUAAAGGAGACCGAGAGUCCAGUGGGAAAUACACAUUUGCUGCUCACAUGGAUGGAACAUACAAGUUUUGUUUUAGCAAUAGGAUGUCCACCAUGACUCCAAAGAUAGUGAUGUUCACCAUUGAUAUUGGGGAGGCCCCAAAAGGACAGGACAUGGAAACAGAAGCUCACCAGAACAAGCUAGAAGAAAUGAUUAAUGAGCUGGCAGUGGCAAUGACAGCUGUAAAGCAUGAACAGGAGUACAUGGAAGUUCGGGAGAGAAUACACAGAGCAAUCAAUGACAACACAAACAGCAGAGUGGUCCUUUGGUCCUUCUUUGAAGCUCUUGUUCUAGUUGCCAUGACAUUGGGACAGAUCUACUACCUGAAGAGAUUUUUUGAAGUCCGGAGGGUUGUUUAAAAGCCUUUUUCUCUUAUCUCACUGUUUACCAAACACGUUGGUCUCAUAAUAUCAUUAGUUUCUCUAUUUUUAUUUUCUGAACUGUAUAUUCACUGCUUAUGUUUCUUUGUUACUAAUAGCUAUAAGGGGGGAAAUAUUUUUAGGAAAGUUAUAAUGAAAAUUUGAUGUUUGAUUGGCAUUAUUUCUUAGUUGAAUUCUGCUUCCAUUAUACAGUCCUUCGAGAACUCAAACACCGUAAAUGAGAUAUAGGAGUAUAGUCCUUUCUAUGUCUUCUUUUUCUUUUGUAUUCAUAAUAAAAUACAGUUUGUUCAAGAAAUCAGCCCAAGGGCAAAUAGUACUCCACUAAAAUGACUGCAUUCUUGGAAUCCUUCUCCUGCAGUUCAAGUUGUUAAAGAUUCGUUUUGUUGAGUUCUUAUGAGAAACAACUAGUCUGCAUCUGGACGUUCUGCCCAGCUUAAUGGCACAGCUCUCUGACUUUGGAGUAGGCUGCCAUGGCUGGCUACUUUUAUACUUUCUUUUUUGUUUUUGCUUUAAAGAUAAGACUUGCCCCAACAUAUAUUUUCCCCCCUAAAUUUUUACAUUGAACCUUAAGACUCAAUCACCUCCACUUAAAUUGAUGACACAAGCAGCUAGUAACCAUUUUUUUUUGGUUUCUGCCUAAUCUUGUAAAAAGUCUCUAUUAAAGCCAAUUCUCUGGGUGUUUCAGCAAGUGGUAGCUCUUUUUCUUUCUGUGCUGGCAUGUCCACUUUCUCCGCUCUUGGUACGUAGGAAGUGUGUAUUCACGCAAUUGGAAAAAUCUGGAUUUCUGAUGCCAAAGGGUUAAAGCCUCUUGGAUUUCAUUGCAAUGAUAUACAGCCACUAUUUUAUUUUUGAUCAGUGGCAUUUUGGGCCACUAUUUAAUUAGUGUACUGAACAUCAUUGUCAGUACUAGGGUUUUGUUUUUGUUUCUCUUGGGUCUUUCAUUUUUGGCACAUGUGAAUUUUGUAUAAAAGGAAAUGACUCUCUUGGUCUCUGAUGAUGGGUUUAAAAUUAAAGGAGCAUCUGGUUUGGUGUGGGGAUGAUCCAGGAUUAUGUUGUGACUGAUGUAUAUUAGUUACUUGUACAUUUUUUUUUGGAUCUUUGCAAGGCAAAAACUACAAGUAACGGGUUUUAUAUAAUUAAUUUAAAUUUGUUACAGGUUUUCAUGUUCAGGAUAAACAAUUUUUUUUUAACUUGGGUGAAAAUACUUGCGACAGUUUUUUGAUAAGGUGAGUGUUUCACCUUAGGAUAACUGUUGCAUGCCAAUUAUUUUUGUGUGUGUGAAAACACUUCAAAAUUGAAUUAAAAGAUGUAAAUUUAAAAUUGGUUGUGUAUCUAAUAUGCCCCAGGUUCAGUAAAUAAACAAUUCUUUUUAAAAACA